CCUGCAUUAUAGGUGGGCGGAGCAGUCGAGUGAGUGGUCGGAAAGAGGCGCCUCCAGCCCGGUGCUGUUGAUAUCAUGCUGAAGCCUGGAGCCAUAGUCAUGGCGGAGAGGAAAGCGGUGCUGUUCAACUUCUGGGGGGUCGUCGUACCUUCAAAACCCGACGGUAUUUUCCAGAACCUGGAGGACCGGCACAACCUGCCGGGAGGUUUUCUGUCCAGCAUUUACUCCCAGACCGAUGGUUCCCUGAGGCAGGCGGAGCGGGGAGACAUGCCUCUUUCUGAGAUGCUGCCAGCUUUAGAGGCUGAGUGUGUAAAAGAAAGCCAGGCCAGAGGCACGGCGCUGCCAUCUGAUUGGUCCAUCAGGGGUCUGCUGAAGGAGCUCAGGAAGGAGAUGAUGAACGUCAGACAUGCAGUGUUGAAGACUUCCGCAAGUCUGCGGCGCAGUGGUGUACUAACUGCUGUGCUAGCAAACCACUGGCUGGAUGAUUGCGCCGAUGAAGACAGCUCCGCACGCCUUCUCUGUCUGCUCGGCGGGCAUUUUGACCUGGUCCUUCAGUCCUGCCACUUGGGUCACAGGGUCCCAGAGCCCACCAUGUUCAGCACCAGUUUGCAGCAGCUAGGAGUGACUCCCAAAAAUGCUCUGUGGCUCGAUGCAGAUAAGGCGGGCGUGAAAGCGGCAGAAGAUGUGGGGACCAAGGCCAUCCUGGUGGAAAGUUUAGAUGCAGCCUUGGUGAAACUCUCUGAGUUCACAGGAGUUAAGGCAGAGGAGGAUGAGAGUCCUCCCCCGUUCUGCAGCCCAGACGAAGUUUGUCACGGAUACGUCACCAUCAGAACUGGUGUGAGGUCUCACUUUGUGGAGAUGGGCUGCGGUCCUCCUGUUCUGCUCUGCCAUGGCUUCCCUGAGAGCUGGUACUCAUGGCGAUUCCAGAUCCCUGCCUUGGCAGCAGCGGGAUUCAGGGUGUUGGCGUUGGACAUGAAGGGAUAUGGAGAGUCAACAGCGCCCCCUGACAUAGAGGAGUUUUCUCAGGAGCAGCUUUGCAAGGAUUUAAUUACAUUUCUGGACAAAAUGGCAAUUCCACAGGUCACUCUGGUGGGUCACGACUGGGGUGGAGCGCUGGUGUGGUCCAUGGCCCAGUUUCACCCAGAAAGAGUCAGGGCUGUGGCGUCUCUCAACACUCCUCUGUUCAAAGUGGAUCCUUCUGUUCCUUCUUCCGAGAAGCUGAAAGAUAUUCCCAUUUUUGACUACCAGCUGUACUUUCAAACACCUGGUGCGGAGGCUGAACUGGAGAAGAACCUGGAGAGAACCUUUAAGAUUUUCUUCUCCCGCAGCAGUGAAAAGUCGAGCCGUCCUGCUCUCAGCACCGCCGGAGUCCGUGCUCGAGGAGGCCUGUUUGUGGGCCUGCCGGAGGAGAUUCCCCAGAGCUCCAUGCUGACGCAGGCCGACCUGCAGUAUUACGUCAGCCAGUUUGAGAAGACGGGCUUCAGGGGGCCUCUGAACUGGUAUCGAAAUGGUCACGCCAACUGGAAAUGGUCGUGCUCCCAGCCCACCGGGAAGCUGCUGAUGCCGGCGCUGAUGGUGACUGCAGGCAAGGACUUUGUCCUGCUCCCGGCGCUAUCUAAAGGCAUGGAGGACAUGAUUCCCAACUUGACCCGAGGACACAUCGAGGAAUGCGGCCACUGGACACAGAUGGACAAGCCAGCAGAGACCAACGACAUCCUGAUAGGCUGGCUCAAAGAGGUUCACCGGAAAGCUGCAGGUGUAGCUCCUAAACUCUAAGAAAUAGAGGAAAUGAAGAAAUGGAAGCUGGGAGAGAAGUAAGAACAGGGACAAUGGAGGACAAAGAAGAUAAACAAGAAUGGAAAGAAAAAUGCCAUAAAAGAUAUUAAGCCUAAAAGACAGAAAUGGAUCCUAGAAUGCAGGAAAGGACUACAUUAAUAGUUGGAUCAAAAGAAACUAGAGGGAUAGAUGGGGAAUAAUUAUAGAGAAUAAGAGUGGUUAACUUAGUUUAAUGCAUCUAAACUGUUUUUUUUUUGGUCUAAUUCUACGCUAACAUUUCACAAUAAAAGCCCAAACUUU